AUGUCUGUCGCCACCGAGUUGAGCCGUUCGACGCUGGCAGCGGAGGCCGAUGGAAGAAGGAUCCCCUGGCCCCACAAGCGGAACCUCGCACACAGCACCUGGAUCCGCCACGCGGCAGACGCGGCGGACGCGAGCUCGGCGGUGGCGGGCCCGUCGACGACGAUGACGCUGGAGGAGCGGAUGGCGACGAUUGCGUCUGUGGGUGAGGAGAUCAACUCUGCGGAGCGGCUGGAGGAGCUGCUGGGCCGCAAGGCCAAGCCGCGGUGCUACGACGGGUUCGAGCCGUCGGGGCGGAUGCACAUUGCGCAGGGCAUCCUCAAGGCCAUCAACGUCAACAAGCUGACGUCGUCGGGCUGCGAGUUUGUUUUCUGGGUCGCCGACUGGUUUGCGCUGCUCAACAACAAGAUGGGCGGCGACCUGAAGCGCAUCCGUGUGGUGGGGAAGUACAUGAUCGAGGUGUGGAAGGCAUGCGGGAUGGACAUGACCAACGUCAAGUUCCUCUGGUGCGCCGACUCGAUUAACGAGCGGCCCGACGAGUACUGGCGCAUGGUCAUGGACAUUGCCCGCUCGUUCACCAUUUCGCGCAUCAAGCGCUGCGGCCAGAUCAUGGGCCGCUCCGAGGGUGACGACCAGCCGGCCUCGCAGAUCUUCUACCCGGCCAUGCAGGCUGCCGACAUCUUCUUCCUCGGCGCCGACAUUUGCCAGCUCGGCAUGGACCAGCGCAAGGUCAACAUGCUCGCCAUCGACUACGCCAACAAGAUCGGCGUCCCGCCGCCGGUCGUCGUCUCGCACCACAUGAUCAUGGGCCUCACCGGCGAGAAGAUGUCCAAGUCGGACCCCAACUCGGCUAUCUUCAUGGAGGACGACACCGCCGCUAUCCGCAAGAAGAUCAAGGCUGCCUUUUGCGAGAUCGGCAACAUCGAGAAGAACCCCGUUCUCGAGUACUGCAAGUACAUCAUCUACCCCGCCGGCGUGGUCCUCACCAUCGAUGGCGAGGAGUUUGCCACCUACGACGCCGUCGAGGCCGCCUUUCUCGACGGCUCGCUCCACCCGGGCGCUCUCAAGCCCGCUGUCGCCGACGCCAUCGACAGCCUUGUCGAGCCCGUCCGCCAGCACUUCCGCAAGGAUCCGGUCGCCCGCGAGCUCCUCAAGAAGGUUCAGUCGUUCAAGGUGACCAAGUAAGGCCCUCCGCCCUCUGUGAGCCUCCAGUAAACUUGCCUGUCCCA